GACCACGAGUCUUCCGCACUUCCGCACUUCUACUUCAGUUCACCGGCGAGUGUUGGAGCGCAGAGACCGACUGAAGUUUAUCUGCGCUGUGUUUCUGUGGUUCUGGUCCUGCGGCUCUGGUGCUGCGGCUCUGGUCCUGCGGUUCUGGUCCUGUGGUUCUGCUCCGAGUCACUCUCACGUUAUUUCCUCCGUUUGGACCCGCAGUGCGUCCCGCAGAAUGCAGAGCUCCGCCGGGACCGACUUUACGCACCGCGCCGCGCGUUUGGGUUCUCUCCUCGUCCUGACGGGGGCGCUCUCCUCUGCACACGUCACUCUUCUGUCCUGUGAUGUCAUCGAGGUUCCUGGUGGGUUCGAGUAUCGGCUCAGUGCAGAUCCUGGACCGGACUGUGUGGACCGGAGUUGGCAGAACCACGACAGGAUCUCUCUCUCUCACGGUUCUGAUUUUCUUCAGGAUCAGGUUCAGAGUCUCACAAACUCCUCCCUGUUUCUGAAAGUCUGUCACAACUACACGUACUUCAGCAGCCAGUGCCCCGGGUUUGUUGAGGCUUUCUGUUACUUUAACUGCAGCUCCAACCUGAAACAUGUCGACCCCCAGAAGGUCUGUGUGGGAGGAUCCUGUUUCGAGCAGAAUAACUUCAUCCUGGUCACGGUGGCCGUCUGCUUUGUGGUCCUCGUGUUUUUUGGAGCUCUGUGGUGUUUCUACAAAUAUAAGAAACGUCGUGGUCAGCGAGAUCUUCUGCGCCGGGCCGAGGAACUGGACCUGCAAUCGUUUCCUCUGCAAAAGAUGGUACCACUGCUGGACCAAGAUGGAAGAAAGCCAGAUGCCCCGGACGGCUCUCCUGCUCUCUGACGGGGCUGUGGCUUGACGCGCGAAUAGAGAUGAAACUAUUUUUAACCAAACUACUCGAAAAUGAACUUUAGUAUUGGCCAGAGCUUUAGAUCUCCUGGUGUGUGGACCUCCUGGUGUGUGGACCUCCUGGUGUGUGGUUUCUCAGGGGCGAUGUUUUUGGCGAAGUUUUUCCCGAGAGGCUUCAGACGCUUUUUAAUGAUCUGACCAUUUACAGUUAAAGCCUGUUGAGGUUUAACAUAAUGACAUUGUUUUACACCAGAUGCCCUUCCUCGCUCAGUGCAGUCUGUGCUUGACUCGGAGUUUGGGAGUUUCCGUGAAAUCUUCUUUAUGAAGAAUUUAUACGAUAUUCAUCUGAACAAAACUGUUUAUCACACAGGACUGAACCAGGUCUAAACCAGGACUGAACCAGGUCUAAACCAGGACUUCAGCUGGCCCUUCAGAUCACAUGACUUUAGAGGAAAUGAAGGACGUGAGUGGACGCCUCAGCUCCUCCACCAGGGGGCGACGCACUCAGUAAAUUAUUUGACUGUUGGUGUUUGUCUCAGGUCUGGUGUUUUUGAAGAGGACAAUACAUUUAUUUAAUAAAAUGAUCUUAAAUAA